AUGAAUCCAUCUUCUUCGUCCUUUAGUGUGCCAUCUUUGUGUGCUUUUUGUGCAAUGGACUCAUCGUCUAUGUUCUGUCUUGGUGAUCUCAUCCCAAUUCCCACAACGAGACAGCCUUUACCGAUCCCUCAGUUGAUUAUUGAUAAAAAGUAUAAAUCUUGUAUAUCAAAACCUGAGCAUUCCUUUAAAGCGUCUCUUCCUCUUACUCCAUCUUGCAACCUCGUUGGUCCUCAUUGCUCUCUUGAUUCAUGUCGGCGUUUGCAGGAGGGCCAAAUUCUUGAGGCGGAUGGCCGGCCUAUUUUAAAUGGCCUUUCGAAUGUAUUCAUCGAUUCGGAUGGCCGUCCUUUUGGUUUUAUUGAUGAAUUAGGAGAAAUUGGUUGGAAUCCUGAAGGUGUUAAACUUGUACUAGAAAAUCUCAUUGAGCCUUGUACAUCCGGAAAUGUUUUUUACGCUCAUCGUCCAUGUGCUUUAUGGUCUUUUGGUGUUAAAAUGACUGAGUCAGGAUAUUUUGAGGGCAUUGAAGAAGCGGUUGUCAAAGCCCUUGAAACCGUAUGCUCAUUGUGUCUUCGCUUUGGAGCUAGCAUUCCUUGUCGCGCUGACGGCUGUUCUCGUAGUUUCCAUGUUUCUUGUGCCUCUGCGGCCGGUUGCUUUCGGGAAGGCAAAUUGUAUCUUAUUUUCUGUCCAACUCACAUGGACUUGGUGAGCACAUUGGGAGAAGCAGCCUCGCCUUGCCCCUUAUGCGACCAGAAGAAGAACGUAUCUGAUAUGAUUUUCUGUAGCAGCUGUAGUACCAAUUUUCACAAUCAAUGUCUUGAGCCAUCUGGUGUACUCAGUCCUACUGUUCGAGUCGGUUGGCAAUGCCCCGAAUGCAAGACUUGCCUUACUUGCAGGGAAAGUAAGGACGAUCUGAAAAUGGUCAUGUGCGAUACCUGUGAUAGAGGAUUUCAUACAUAUUGCUUGAUACCACCGGUUACUGACAUACCUAAAAACGGAUUCAAAUGCGAGCGCUGUCGGAUUUGCAUGGAUUGUGGUCUUCGACAAUUUUCUCUUACAAAAGUUCCUUCGAAGAAAAGCGGCACAGUAGAUCAAGGAACCGCUAUUCGAUGGUACAAUAACUAUACUCUUUGUGACCGUUGUUUCAACACUCGAAAACUUCCGGCUAAUUGUUGUGCUGUUUGCGAACGUGCUUGGCGCUGCUGUCUCAAUUCAGGUGGAGCAACUUCUAGUUCAUGGCCCGGGCGGCAAUGCAUCGGGUGUCGUCGAAUGGUGCAUUAUGACUGUGAUCCGACGGGCCAAGCUUCACCCCAUUCCUCCUCUCCACUUACUGGUGCUGUUUCUGUUGGAAUCGGCUUUGAGGACUCUCUGGCUCCCUCUAAUAUGACUGUUGCCUACUUUUGCCCGUCAUGCAGAAAUAGGGAUUCAGCAAUCUCAAGUGAAGCCCACUCAGCAACUGCCGGUCUUCGUACAGGCCCUUUUGUUGUUGGUGCAAGUGGCAGUGAUUUGGGUGAUCCCAGUGCUAGUCCUUCACUUCCAGAUGAUUCACAGCUCAAUACUACUGCCUGUACUAGUGCCACCAUUGCCCAGCAACCAUCAGUUUCUACUCCCAGCGUCUUGUCAAAUAAGCUUUCUACUGGAUCAAUGGAUGCCGAUAAGCAGCCUAGUGCAGUAGCGGCUUAUUUGACCUCUGUAUCUCCUAAAUCUCGAGGUGAAAAGAUGGGAGUAGCUGGAGGAACCACACGUUCUCAUAAGUCUGUGGGUCGACCAGUAGGCAGUCUCACAAAGACCAAAUCUGUUUCGAUGGGUAUGGGAGAACUGACUAGAAAACGUCUGAAAACUGAAGGUUCAGAUGCAUUUAAGCAUAAGGUUUACGGUUCAGUUGCUUCAAAUUUGUAUCCAGUACCUCCGGUAAAGCCACCACAAUUCCCAAAGACUGCCACGGGUAAACGCUCAGCUUGCGGUUCAGUAUCAAGCUCGGCCAGUUUUAGUGGAACUCGUUCUCGAAGAACAAAGGGUCGCAAAGCUGGAAUUGUUGUAGAAAUAGCUCCAGCGCAAUCAUUCUUACCUUUUUCGGUUCAGGAUAUUCGGCCUACUGCCAACUCGAUGGCAGCACAUAGUGAUGAGCCAUUGAAUUCGAAAUGUCGCUUCAAAAGGCGAGGUCGACCAAGUAAUUUCGAGAGAAGUGUCCUGUCGGAAAUCCAAAAUAUGCGUCUUGUUCGCCAAGUCGACGACAGAUCUUGUUGGGCAGUUCGAAAUGAGUCCGGAGGGAAUAACGAAAAAGACGAUCAUCCAACCACUGUGAUAAUCGCCCGGAAAGAUGAUCGAUUUUCUCUGGAGCAGGAUAUAUGUGUCGCAUGUGGUUCCUUCGGUUUAGACACAAGUCCACUGAUUCCCUGUGCCCAAUGUGGUCAGACAUAUCACAGCUACUGUGGAGAUUUAAAAAACGUGGGUCGAACUAUUCGAGAGAAGGGUUGGCGCUGUCUUGAUUGCACAAUCUGCGAAAUUUGCGGUCAAGCCAAUGAUGAGGACAAACUGAUUCUUUGUGAUGAUUGUGACAUAAGCUACCAUAUUUUCUGCCUUGAUCCACCUCUUGCAGAUGUGCCAAAGGGGUCUUGGAAAUGUAACAAUUGCGUAUAUUGCCACCGUUGUGAGAAAAAAACGCCUGGUAAGAACUGCCAAUGGUGCGAAAGCUAUACUCUCUGUGGCCCUUGUGCAUCCCUUGACAAAUGUCCAGUGUGUACACAACCAUAUCAUGAUAUGGAACUUCUUGUCAAAUGUUCCGAAUGCAACCGCACAUUGCACGGUAGUUGUGAUCAAAUUCGCACUGAUGAUGAGGCUGACUUCGUAGUUGAUGAUGGGAGAUAUGCCUGCAUUCUUUGUCGGGAACUUGGGUCAAAAUAUGGGCCUAACCAUCAGCAGUUAUUGGACUUUCGCAAGGUCAAUGGUCCUGUGGUGCCAUUUCCUGCCACUUGGCGAUCGGAGAGUGUUGAUGGUUGUCUUGGUGAUAAGGCUGUUGGAAUGAAUUCUACUGGCUCUCUUGCUGCCCGAUCUGACGAUGAGCAGGAUUCUUCUGAUCCAACCCUCUUCUACAUGCAUGGAGUUGUGCUAACUCUAAAUGGGUUGAAUACAAUUCGCAACGCGAUGAUAAAGAAUCCACCAAAGCGUCCACCUACUGGGCCACGACAGAAAAAUCAUGCUUCAACAGCUAUAGCAGAUAAUCAUUCAGUUAUGGACACUGGUCCGCCUUCCGUUUACACACCGGUGGAUGAGGAUGUCAGUCAGCAUUCUGGUGUGGAUGCCGAUUCAGAAUUUACAUCUGCGGUCUACGGAGAAAUGGCAAAAUCGCCUCGAAGUGUCGUGUCGGAAGAGGAUACUGUCCAUGGUGGUGGUGCCACAGGGGAUUCAAGUUCAACAGCUACUACAAGUGGUGCUGCUACUAAUUCUGUCUUUGCAUCUGAACUUCCUUCGACACUUGGAUCUGGACCAUCCACCUCCCUCUCAAAUGCUCCUGGCGUUUGCAAAAAAGGUGGCGUUAAACCUAGCACACUUCCUCGACGUCAUUGCAAUCUUGGUUUGGGGGGUUUUCGUGCCAAGAUUCCUCGUAUUCAUCAGAAUAAGAAGUCACAAUUAGCUGCGGCAGUAGAUGCAGUGGUUCCACCAAUGGGUAAGAAGCGUCGUCCCAAUAAAAAGAAGUCGGAUUUGGAGGAAAUGUAUCCCGAUUACUUAAUGAAGGCCUUCUUCAGUGAAAAACUGCUUGCUUCAGCAUCGAAUGAACCUGGUGCUACGAGCGGAGCGGGCUCUGUGGUCGGCAUAAAACGCAGAAGAAAACCAUCUACCACAUCUGUUGCAGCUUGUUCAUCAAUUCCUAGUCGAUCUCUCUCUAUAACCGACCAGUAUUCACUCGGUGAAUCUGGAGGUUUCAGAAAAGCCGAAAGUUCAUGGAAUCGCUCGUCCCAAUCGUCCAAAAUUCCCAGUCCUAGAAGCAGUUUGACCUCACCCACUCCUGUUGGUGGCCCUAGCAUUCGAACAAGUCUUUGGCCUGGCGAGUCUCCAUUUGCUGCCAGUGCUGCCUCCGGAGUCGCUGCAUCGAGUGUGGAUGAUUUACUUGAAGACCCUUUGGACGAUAAUGAAUGCAUUGAAGAUGAAGGAACUAUUGGUAGCUUUGAGGAAGAGGCUAGGGAUGUCGAUGAAAUUUUCAAUGCUCCGUCUACUUCUGUUAGCGUGGGAGCAGAUGCCAAAUCACACGCCAUUCAGUCGCCAACUUUGAAAGCAAAAUUACAAGCUCCUUCACGUGAAACUGAACCCAGUCUAGAUGAUGUAAACGAAAUGUUUGUUGACGAUUUCCUGACACUGGCUAACAGUUUUCAAUCUGCUGAAACGACUGCACGUCUACUUCCAGUAACUUCCACUACCCUAACCGAAUCGUCUUCAUUAAAUCGUAUUCCUGGUGGUGUGCCGAUGAAUGUCUUUACCGAUCCCCCCUCUUCACAACAUCAACAACAAACACAAUCGUUUAUUGAUUCGAAACAAACUCAGGAUCUGUCUUCAAGGACCCAGGUAUCACAAGAUGCGAUAUAUCAACAGCAGGGUCGGCCCUUGUUCCCAGAUGAGGGGCAACGAAUGUCUCCAUCAGGUUCACAAGAACCUAAUCAAGAAACUACUCCUGCUACUCCAAGUCAGCAGUCACAAGUGGAUGUUCAAAUGUUGCCUGAAUUGAGUGCUCUUGAUAUCGAAUCUCAGUUGACAAAGUUUGAGAAAUCGGAUGGAGGGGGAAGCAGUGGUCUUCCAUCAGAUGUUGCCUCUCCACCGCCAAAACCUGAGUCACAGGUUUCUGCGCAGUCUCCUUUCUCGACAAUUCAGAAUGAACCUCAAUCAGCUUAUUCUGCAAGAACCCCCCAGCAAUUCCCUCCUCCUACUCCAAUGAUGCCACAGCAGCGACCACAACAAUUCUACGUUCCUCACCAGCAGCAACAACCGAGUUACUCUCCACCUGAAAGUACACCUCCGCCACCGCCUUAUCCAGGAUCAUCGUCAAGGCAGCCACCCCAAACACAAAGUCCUGUUGGUUGGAGACCGCCGACCCAACCACAAGUGGCCCAACGAUACCCCCUUCCCGUUCAAUAUCAAUCACAAAUGACUUAUCUAUCGCCCGGUCAGCAGCAGCAACAAAGAUUUACCGGUGCUUACCGAGGAAUGAGUCCAAGUCAUAUUCCAUCAGGCCCAUCAUCCAGUGGUGGACCGCGUCAAGCACAUUACCCAGCCUAUGAAUCCUCUCAACAGAUGCUCCCAUCUGUUGUACCAGCUCCUGAAGGUGGCUUGCUUUCAAAUCAACAACUGAAAACUAUGCUUCGACGGGAUAUAAGUUCUCGACGUGCAAUGGAGAUUCCGUUGGGUGUCUCUGGCAACAGCCAACAGCAACUUCCUGGAGAUGUUCUUGUGCCUUCAGUACUGCAGACUCAACCCCAGACCCCAUUGCCUCCAGGUUUUGAAGGUGGUCCAACGAUGUCCACUACGAGCAGCGCUAAUUUCGGCUCACGGCGUCUCAAUAGUGAGAAGUGGGAGGAUGAAGAACGGCUCGGUGAGAGGUCUUCUAUCGCGCCGGUGCUUUAUGCCAAUAUCAUGCAUCCCACUCUCAGGGCACAGUAUCCCGACUCGCGGACUAGGUUUCGCGAAAUACAAAAAUUGUGGCGUCGCCUUCCUUCUGAUAGGCGUUCUCAAUUUGUUACCCAAGCUCGUGCAAAUAAAACACAAUCUCGAGCAGCAAGCACCUCUCCUCGGGACCCUGGAGCAAGUAUUCAUACUCAGCACUUGAUGUUGCAGACGGCUGGUAGCGGGGUUAGUACACCUCUUUCUCCCCAUGUUCCCUAUCCACAGCAGCCUCCUCAAUCUUCAGGAAUGCCUCCUGGGGCGCCUGCUGGUGGCCACGGUUCCGGUGGCAACACGACAUCGAUUUUGCCGGACUAUGCACCAUCACCUGUGCCUACUCAUCAUCAGCCACCCUUCCAGCAACCUCAAAGGCCACUAUCUCAUCAAAUAAUGCAUCAACAGCAUAUUUCGCCCCCUUCACAACUCAAUGCUCAGUCUCCAAUACAAUCAAGAGUUCCAGAUACCUCUGCAUUUCCAGCUCCUGUGGAGUCAGAUCAGCAUUCGUUAGGAGUUGAGGGAGAAGGCGGAAGUAAUGCAAUUCCUAUGGAAGGACAAGUUGCUUCACAACGGCAGUCACCUACUUCUGCAGAAGAGCAGCCUGAGCAUCAUCAGCAACAACCACAAGGUGCUUUGCACUUCCAGGCUCAACACCGUGACCCGCCCUCUGUGUCGGCUUCACAGCCCUCUCCUUCUCUCUCACCUAGCAGCUCUCUUCUUGGUGGUUCUGUUGGGGGCUCGCAACGACGUGGUGGGCCCACAUCUCUGCCUCCAGCCCCUUCACAUUCUACUGAGCCUGUUUCCCCCGCCACCCCAUUCCAACAACAACAGCCUCACCUCUCUGCAGGCACCCCUGAUCAAUCCAUGAUGAAUCGCCCACCUCAACAGCAGCAACAGGGAGCACAUUUGCCUCCACCACUGCCGCCGCCGCCACCAGCAUGGCCUACUGCUUCUAGUGUGGAUUCACCAAUGCCACCACCCGCAUCGUCUUCACAACAACAACAACAACAGCAGCAGCAGCAGCAUGUUCGUUGGUCACCGGGUGUUGUUGGUGGUGGUAGUCUUGCCUCUCCCCUUUCUCCUGCCCAACAACAACAACAGCUCAUGUUUCAGCAACAUCAGCAGGAGAUGUUGCAUCAGCAGCACUAUCAACAGCAGCAUUAUAUGCAGCAGCCCCCGCAGACUCGUUAUGCAACUGGCUCAAUAAUGCAGCAAGCAUCAAUUCCCAUUCCACAACACUAUGGUGGUGGUGUUCACGGUCCGUCUAUUCACCAGGGCGGCCACAUUAGUUCUCAACUCUCGCAGCCUUCCACUUCCUUGCAAUCUCCAACACAAUCGGCUGGCCCAUCUCCCGGUGACAGAGAACGCCAAAGACUGCGAGAAAUACUUGCAAUGAAGAUGGGCAUGUCACCAAAUCCACCCCAGGCAACAAUGCCUCAACAAAAUCAACCACAGCCGACACAGCGCAUGUAUCAACAUCCACAUCUGCAGCAACAGAUGUAUUCACAUCCGGGUUCGAAUUAUAACUAUCCAACAGCACCACCGCAGCGACACAUGCGACCUCCAGCCCCUGGUUCAUUCUAUCCUGCCUCGUCUCCAUCACAACAGCAACAACUAGGAUUUACGCACGCAUCCUCGCCGUCGUUUGAGUCGAGUUUUGUCAUGCAACAGCAGCAACAACAACAACAGACUACGCGCUGUUCCAGUGGUUCCUCCCCCUCUGUUGCUGCCUCCCCCGGCAGUAGUGUUCCAGUCGGUGGCGGUGCUCAACCCUCUCUUUGUUCACCGCCUGUAUUACCGGCAACUUCAGUCGUUAGCGGUCAUCAGCAACAUCCACACCACCACACUCAUCCAGAAACUGCGCCUCCGCCACCACCUCCAUAUCAAGCAGCUACUCCCGCUUCUGCUGUUCCCAUUGACUCACCUCAUCGAAGUCCUUACCAAGCUACUACUACUGCGAAAACACCGAAUGCAUCUUCUACAACCAGUGUUGAAGAGGCGGGUUUUGAGCCUCCUGUUAUCUUUAGUCGAGUGGGAACUGGGUCUGUAAAGGAGAGGCCUCGAUUCAUCCCUCAACAGCAAAUGCCUUCCGCAGACACUGGUGGCGGUAGUGGAGAAAUGACCACAUCACAACAGCCCAUAUCUUAUUCCCAACAGAGAUUGUCCCAUAAGGGUCAAGAACAGCUACCUACUAAGGGCGCACCACAGUAUGAAUCGGAAUAUCGAUACCACCAGUCCCCAUCUCAACAGAUGGAGUUGCAUACUCAGACAAACCAAUCGUCUCAAUUCUUUUCCGCACCCCAACACCGUCAAUCCCCAAUUGAGGCGGCAGUUUCCGUGGGUAGUCAUUCAGAUUGCCCCGCACAAUAUCUUAUUUCUGAGAGCCAACCAUCGCAGCACUACAAUAUGGGUUACUUACCACCUUCAUAUUCAAGAGUCUCUCAGCCUGUACCUGGCUACGCCUCUCCUCACCUCAACGUCUAUGAGCAAACAGCUUUGCCCCAACAGCAAAGACAGUCGCCCUAUGCAACGGCCCAGACUACCUACAGUGUCACUCCACAGUCUCCAUACUCAGGCCACGUUCCUGGUGGUGAUCAAUCAUCACACCCGGGGGAUGAAAGUAUGCAUUAA